AUGAUCGGUGUCAGUUUUUCGUUUUUGACCUUGUUGGCGGUGUCAAAGGCGCAGGAAGAGAUCACGAGCGCGACGAUAGAAGCAAAGCCGAUUGAGAAGUCGAGAUGUGGAAGAGAGUACUUUUGCUUCAGUUUUGAUUGCGAGUUUGGCGAAGAAAAUUGCCCUUAUGUAGCUUGGAAAGAAACAGAAGAAAAUGAAGACUUCGUGACAGUCAAGCUGUUCUACAACUCUCCAAGCCCCGCCUAUGUUGCUAUUGGAUUCAGUAGAGAUAAAUCAAUGGGCCAAGAUGAUAUCUUUUUCUGUCAAAGAAAUGAGCAGAAUCAAGUUGCCAUUGUUUCGUCGUUCUCGAGAGGAAUGUCGAAACCGACGAAUCUGGGAAGUACAAAUGUUGAACCAGAAACAAGGUUGACGAAUAUCGGACUUGGAAGUGAUGGAAAUACAUUUUUCUGCGAAUUUGAUCGACCGAAGAGCCUCGUCAAGGACAAUAUUGUUUACGAUCUUGCUGACGGGGACUGGUUCGUUCUUCUUGCCACUGGUGCUGUUGGUGGCAGUCAAGCAUACCACGGUGGAGUAAACAGAGCAGCGUCUUCAAUUUCAUGGAAACUUUCGGAUCCUCCACUGGAUUUCUUCGGCGACGCGCUUGAUAUUUCUGCGAUGAAGAUUCAUGCGAUUUUGAUGUUCGUCGCUUGGGGCAUUCUAGUCCCGUCCGGCUUGUUUAUCGGUCGUUUUUUCAAACGCGGUUAUCCAAAGAAAAUGGUAAAAUCGAAGCCAAUCUGGUUUCAAUUUCAUCGAUUAUUGAUGGUCCUCUCUGUGAUUUUGACGAUCGUGGGAAUCAUCCUCAUUUUUGUGAAUCGACAGGGUUGGUCUGAAAGCGCCGCUGAAAAUGGACAUGCUUUUGCUGGAAUCAUCGUUUUUGCUUUUGGAUUGAUGAAUCCGAUUAUUGCCAUGUUCCGUCCUGAUCCUGACUCAGAAAACCGAAAGUACUUCAACGUCUGCCACCAUUCCAUCGGCUACCUCGCUCAAGUAGGCGCCGUUGUAGCAAUUUUCCUCGGAUUCGAUCUAGCCGUCUACGACUUGGAAUUCGUCUCCACUCAAAUCUACGCAGCUUUCAUCGUCAUUUCUGCGAUCAUUUCAAUCUUACUCGAGCUCUUCAAGGGAAGAGUGGAAAAGGCUUCCUUCGCUGGAAUCAAUGUGUAUUCCAUUUGUUCUGCUGUUUAUUUUAUGAUUCUUUUGCCGUUUACUAUCACUCUUCUUGUUCAUAUCGGAAGAUUUGACGGAUCUACUGAUGAAUAA